GACGUGACGUUUGGGCUAUGCGUUUGGGUCUAUGGGUGAACCUAACGCCUGCGUUCCGUUGAUCGCGUCGACCGGGUGAACGCAGACACAUGCAGACACUUUCAGACUGUGCACUGUGUACACCAUGUGCCGGCUGCUUGUUUGUCUACGGCUUCUGCGUUACUUGCAAGCGUGAUCAAGCAGUGGUCAAAAUCGAGCUUGAGUGAUUGAUUGUUCUUCAAGCGGAGGUGCACGUUACGUCUUUCUAUCAGUCUCACUAUUCGCAUGUUCGUUUAAAAUUCACCAGCAAGAUACGCCAGUCGACAUUUCAGUAACAAAACAUGCAUGGACGUGUGAAGGUUAAGACCACUGCUGAGCAAGAAGAGGAGAGAAGAAGAGAGAGGGAGAAAAAGCUGAAGAUCUACAAAUCUGCAACACAGCGAGUGAUUGAAAAACGACAGAAUCAGGAACUCGAUGAUGAACUGCUGCAUAUCACCAGCCAGAUCCUUCAAAGUAACCCCGACUACACAACCAUGUGGAACAUCCGUAGGGAAGUGUUUAUGGUGCACUUCAAUAAAAGCCUGAAAAAGACGGCUGAAGAUGGUGCAGGAGAAUUGCUUCUGACUGAAGCAGCCUUGCAAAAAAACCCAAAGUCAUAUGGAGCUUGGAGUCAUCGAGCCUGGGCCAUGGAAAAUUUCCCACACAUGGAUUGGGCCAAAGAGCUACGCUUGUGUAAUCUUUUCCUUGACCAAGAUGAGCGAAAUUUUCACUGCUGGGAUUAUCGGCGAUUUGUGUGCAGCCAUACUAAGGUGACUGCUGAAAUGGAGCUGGGUUUUACAAUGGACAGAAUUGCAGCCAAUUUUUCUAACUACUCAGCUUGGCACUACAGGAGUUCAUUGUUGCCAAGUGUCCAUCCUGGUUACAGGGAGGGGACAGUCCAGGAGGAUGUCCUUUUGGAAGAGUACAACUUGGUCCAAAAUGCAACAUUCACGGAUCCUGGAGAUCAGAGUGCCUGGUUUUACCACAGGUGGUUGACAGGAAGAGAAAGGCCUGCUCUGGACUUUCUCUUACUUUAUAUUUCGAGGGAGACUCGUAAGGUUAUUCUCCACUUCACCCGGCAGAUCUCGCUCGCAGAUACAAAUAUUUUCAUUACUGUAAAUGGGUCAUCACUUCAACUCUCAUGGGAAGCUCCAUGCCAGUCACUUUGCUCAUCACUUUGGUGGUGCCAUCUGCAUGAAGGAUCACUACCUGGUGAUUGCACAGUGAAGGCUGUAGUGCAAGGAAAAGAUGAAUUUGCAGUUGCUAGUCUUUUUAUAUCAUCAACGCAAAAUGAAUCGAAGGCCACUGGAAACAUUCCACGCAAUCAUCUGUUCAGUUGUGAACUGAGUGCAGCCCGCACUUCUGUGUUGGAGAAUGAGCUGAAGACAUGUAGGCAGCUGCAUGACCUCGAGCCUCUCAACAAGUGGCCUAUCCUCACUUGUGUGCUGCUUAUGAGGGCGCUGGAUGGAUGCAAGUUUAGAAUGGAUAUUAAAAAUUUCCUGGUUAAGUUGACUGCUGUUGAUCCUAUGAGGCGAAAUUAUUACAAUGACCUAAAUUCAAAGUUUGCUGCAGAGAGUGUCAUUGAACAGUUGGACGAAAAUGACUUGACUGCAGACUUUUCUGGCCAGUGCCUGACUAGCAUACGCCACACUAAUCACCUGGCCCUUUUGCGUGAAGUAGACUUCAGCAGAAACCAGAUCAAGUCAAUACUGCCACUUGGAUGCCUUUUGAGCAUUCGCAACCUUAUACUAGAUGAUAACUGCAUAGAGACAUGUGAGGGCCUUGGUUCACUACACACGCUGACCCUCCUCUCGCUUCGAAACAACAGGAUUCGCAACAAGGACUGCCUAAUUGUUCUGGAGACCUGCCUAUUGCUGACUGAGCUGAACCUGGAGGGAAACCCCAUCUCCAAGUGCAAGGAUUAUGUUCAGAGUUUGCUUCCUCAGGUUAAACUUCUGGAUGGACUUUCUAUGUCAGGCCGAGUCUAGUUCCACAGUGUUUAAAUGGUUCUGCAGCCUGACUACCUACGGUGCAACUUUUGUCUUCUAUGGUAUAUCUCAUUGUGUUUUGUGCUCUCAUUUGCUAUUAUCCUGACAAAAUAUCUUGAGGGUGGCUCUCUUAAUAACCUUAAAAGAGGUGCUAUUAUUGUAUGGACAGAAUCUAAACAUACUUUUUCAAUUUUUUUCUGAAGUCUUUGUGAAUGGUGGUGCUUAUGCAAUGUAAGUUAUAUACAAACAACUUAUGCUGAGUUUUUUUAUUAUUUUAGUUUGUUAGGUAUAGUCCAAAGCAAAACAAUACAAUUUGAAUUUUUUGACAGAAAAUUUUGCAUUCAGGUGGUGCAUGGCACCUGCUAUUUGAUGGCAUCACAAUUUUUCCAAUUGCAUGUGUGUGAUGGCCUCACGAGUUGGCACAGUAAUGUGUGGAGAAUGGUUGCAUUUGUGAGAUAUACCGUAUUUACUCGCAUAAUGAUCGCACUUUAGUGUAAAAAAAAUUCACGCAAAUUCAGGGGUGCGAUCAUUAUGCAAGUUAAAUUUUCCGUGAAAAUAAAAUUUUUUUUUUGA